AUGGGUACCAACACUGCGAAUGAAGACUUGGCUCAAGAUUCAACUACUUUGAAAUUCCUUAAUGCAACGAUUCUGGGGACACCUCAGCCAGAUAUAGUAAAUGAAGACAUGGGCACCAAAGGUUUGAUGAGUAUGAUCUAUUCUAUGUCCUCCAAAGCAACAUCAUUUCACAAGAUGGCCAUCGAAGUCUCUCCUGAUUCAUCUCACAAAAUUUCUCAUGGCGCUGUACACGUUGCUAUUGGAGACCCAUACGGUCAUAUGAGUCAGCUGAGUCACUAUGCAUUUGAUCUAAUCUUAUGGCUUCACCACGCCAAUGUGGACCGUCAAUUUAUCAUCUGGCAAGCGACCUAUCCCAAUGUUUGGAUACUUCCAGAGUCUGACUUGAUCUGGACUUCUACAAUCGCUCUGGGUGGUAGCAAUACUUCUGCGUCACCUUUGACCCCCUUCCACCAACCUGAUAGGGAGACGCCCUGGAUAUCGGAUGCUGCUCGCUAA